CCGCUCAUCCCUCCGUGGACCGCUCAUCAGCCUCUCUCAGCUGGCAGAGACUCGCCCAUAUCAGAUCCGGGAUCUGCCCUGCCGGGAUCUCUAGUCAACUCAUCGAAUCUCCCCUCCCGCCUUCUCCUCUGCUGCGGUUCGUCCAGGGGCACAUGCAUGCAGCCCAUGCAGCAGCAAGCGCAGCAGCAUCACCCCGUGUGGUUUCUGUGGGUCGGUACCGAGUCGUCCGCCCCACAGAAAGCCAUUCAGGUGGCUCAGAGAUGCCCUUGGAGCGCCCCACUUAGCCUCUCACCCAGCUGUCGAUGCUCCUGCUGGCGUUUGCCGGCCAGCAGAUUGGUCAGACUGACCUGCUGCCGGCCGUGUGCAUCGUUAAGGUGGGCUGCUGGCGUGAGGUGGGCGAGAUGCGCGGGCUGGCGGGUGAGUGUGGCAAUUGCCAGCUGCCUGUGAGCCUCUCUGCUGCCGACUGGACCAAUUCGCAUGCAAGACGGUAUGACACCAGAGAAGAGGGGAGGACAGGGAGAAGCGGAGGACGACUCUCACUGCAGGGAUGGUGUGUUCCACGUGCAUGUGGUGUGUGUUUAGGCAUAUUUGGCCACCAACCCCGCGUGUGCUGACGCAGCUGAAGAUGGCAACGGCGUGGCGACACACUGCGAGCCAUCAAGGACGAGGGCGCCUUCGCUGACCACCGACCGCCCCUCCCUCAUCCUAACAAUCUGUACCAGCAGCAUCGGCAGGACCAGUCCGCAGCCGAUUCUUCUCUUUGCCGGCCCUUCCAAGGUCGCAGGCACGUACCUUUGUGGGCAUGCCAUUGGGGAGCACAAACGUGUCUGUGUCGUCGUUGGCCAAGAACAAGAUCCUCGAGCACUUCUUCGCUGCACUCACCAGCCCGUCAUCGAGUACGUCAUCGACGGGUCAGGCGGGCAUCGUCACGAAGAUCUACGCACAUGGCCCAUCCGUGCAUCUGUUGUGUGUUCUCUGUGUGCUCCAUUGGUCAGGCAUGCCGGUCGGCAGCAGUACCAGAGGACCAGACGAUUCUUCAAGUGGGCUUGUGCUGACCGGCGGCAGGCACCGCUUCGUCAGUGGGGAAAUCACCCUAACCAAGGUAGGCACCAGGAAACCUAGCCUAGCAUUCAUUUGCUGUGAGUGCACCACUGCCGUCAUUUGUCUGUCUGGCGUUCGUUCGCAGUGCGUGUUGAGGUCCUGACGACCGGGCCGGCUGUGUUUGGUGUGGGUGCCGCCUAUCAAGGAUCGCUUCCCAGUGACCUGGGACGACAGACCGUAGCUGCAAGAAAUCGAGAGUACAGGUGCAGAUGUGUCGUCUUUGUCUGUCGCCUAUCUUGUCGCCUCCUUUGCCAGAAGACAUCCACUGGCUGUCUUCUUACCUACUUCAUACGUACAUAUGUACACACAUACGCAUACAUGAUAGGCCUCUUUCUUUCAUGUGUGGGCUGGCCGGCAAAUCGAUGGUUUGUUUAAGUGAGUGGCAGCGACGUGUGGGCUGUAUGGGUUGGUGCAGGUGGCUCUGUGUGGAUGAGAGAGUGCAGACCAGACGCUCCUUUAUUGAAUUGAAUCAGUC